AUGUCGAAUUAUACAACCGCUACGGCGAUGCUGGAGGCAUUGGCCUCAGCAGGAGUAUCGCAUCUGUUUGUCAAUCUUGGAAGUGACCAUCCUGCAAUUGUUGAAGCAGUAUCAAAAUGGCAGCUGGACAACAGACAAGGACUGCGUUUUCUGACUGCUCCUAACGAGUUCGUCGGCCUUUCAGCCGCCCAAGGCUUCUUUCAAGUCAGUGGACAAAUGCAAGCGAUGCUCGUUCACGUGGAUGCUGGGACGUUAGCGAUGGCUGGUGCAAUACAUAAUGUUUCUAGAGCAAGGAUUCCGGUGAUUAUGAUGGCUGGAACCAGCCCCAUAACCGAGGAGGGCGAGAUGCGUGGAACUAGAAAUGAGUUUAUCCAUUAUAUACAAGAUAAUGGUAGUCAGCGAAAUAUUGUCAAAGGAUACUCAGUAUAUGAUCACGAGAUCCGAACGGGCAAGAAUGCAAAACAGAUCAUUCUCCGUGCAGCCCAAUUCGCAAAAAGCGAACCACAAGGUCCAGCCUAUUUGGUUGCUUCUCGCGAAGCUCUGGAAGAAGAAAUUGAGCCUUACGAAGUGAAUGCAAAGAAAUGGACACCUAUUGCUAGUUCGGCCUUAUCUCCAAGCUCAGUCAAAGAACUUGGGGCCGCUCUCCUUGCCGCUGAGAACCCUGUCGUUAUCACCACCUAUCUUGGUCGUGACAAGGCUGCUGUCCAUGAGCUCAUCAAACUUUGCGAGUCUCUCGGAAUCGCCGUUAUAGAGGCUUUGCCCGCGCAUAUGAACUUUCCGCAUACUCACCCGUUGUAUCAAGGCAGUCAGUGGAGUGAAGGCCUGAAAGAGUCACCCCUUGAUACCGCUGAUGUGGUGUUGGUGAUUGACUGCGACGUGCCCUGGAUUAAGAGCGUUUUCCGUCCAGCGGCCUCAGCCAAAAUCUAUCAUAUCGACUGCGAUCCGCUAAAAGUCAAUAUGUCAUUGUUCCACAUCGACACCGAGUUGAGCUGUCAGGCUAAUGCUCGUACCGCUCUCGAACAGUUAAAUGAAUUUAUAUCAGGUGCUCUGACUGCAGAAAAGAACACCACUGUGAGUGCGCGAACUCAGAAACUUUCAGAAAGGCACGACGAAUAUAUUGCACAGAUCAACAAGCUCGCUAUUGUCCCAACCAACGACGAAGUUAUAACACCCCAUUAUGCGUUGUCUGUGUUGCGAUCUGUUUUGGAUGACUCCUGCAUUGUCCUUUCAGAAGGUAUAUCCAACUUCCGACCCAUUGCCGAUGUCCUAAUGAGGACUCAGCCUGGAUCAUAUUUCACCUCCGGAGGAACAGCAUUAGGUUGGCAUGGAGGAGCGGCUAUCGGCGCAAAACUGGCAUCUCCGUCCUCAACCAUUGUCGCUGUUACGGGUGACGGGUCUUUCUUGUUCAGUCUCCCGGCUAACGUACACUGGAUGGCCCGCAAGUACAAUGCUCCAUUUUUGACGGUUAUCUUGAACAAUCGUGGAUGGAAGAGUCCGAUGUUGAGUGCUAUCACUGUUCACAAAAAUGGACACAGUAGCAAAGUGACCGCGGACCAGUUGAACGUGACGUUUGAUCCAAGCUGUGAUCACUCGCAGGUCGCAGUUUCGGCGGGGGCUGGAUUCGGAGUGUGUGUAGAGAAGGCCAGUGAAAUUGAAGGAGCACUUAAAAAGGCACUUGAAGUGGUCCGUGGUGGACGAGCAGCUGUGGUAGAUAUCCGGUUGCCAAAAUUUGAAGUUGGUGAUCGUGUAGGUUAG